CUUUUUUCUCCUCUAGGCAAAACCGAUUUAUGGCGGUUGGCUGCUCCUGGCUCCAGAUGGGACGGACUUUGACAACCCAGUGCACCGGUCUCGGAAAUGGCAGCGACGGUUCUUCAUCCUUUAUGAGCACGGCCUCUUGCGCUAUGCCCUAGAUGAGAUGCCCACAACCCUGCCUCAGGGUACCAUCAACAUGAACCAGUGCACAGAUGUGGUGGAUGGGGAGGGCCGCACAGGCCAGAAGUUCUCCCUGUGCAUUCUGACGCCUGAGAAGGAGCAUUUCAUCCGAGCGGAGACCAAGGAGAUAGUCAGCGGGUGGCUGGAGAUGCUCAUGGUCUAUCCACGGACCAACAAACAGAACCAGAAGAAGAAACGGAAAGUGGAGCCCCCCACACCGCAGGAGCCUGGGCCUGCCAAGGUGGCUGUCACCAGCAGCAGCAGCAGCAGCAGCAUCCCCAGUGCUGAGAAAGUCCCCACCACCAAGUCCACACUCUGGCAGGAAGAAAUGAGGGCCAAGGACCAGCCAGAUGGCAGCAGCCUGAGUCCAGCUCAGAGUCCCAGCCAGAGCCAGCCUCCUGCUGCCUGUUCAUUGCGGGAACCUGGGCUGGAGAGCAAAGAAGAGGAGAGCGCCAUGAGUAGCGACCGCAUGGACUGUGGCCGCAAAGUCCGGGUGGAGAGCGGCUACUUCUCCCUGGAGAAGACCAAACAGGACUUGAAGGCUGAGGAGCAGCAGCUGCCCCUGCCGCUCUCCCCUCCCAGCCCCAGCACCCCCAAUCACAGGAGGUCCCAGGUGAUUGAAAAGUUUGAGGCCUUGGACAUCGAGAAGGCAGAGCACAUGGAGACCAAUGCAGUGGGGCCCUCACCAUCCAGCGACACGCGCCAGGGCCGCAGUGAGAAGAGGGCGUUCCCUAGAAAGCGGGACUUCACCAACGAAGCCCCCCCAGCUCCUCUCCCAGACGCCUCGGCUUCCCCCCUGUCUCCACACCGAAGAGCCAAGUCACUGGACAGGAGGUCCACGGAGCCCUCCGUGACGCCCGACCUGCUGAAUUUCAAGAAAGGCUGGCUGACUAAGCAGUAUGAGGAUGGCCAGUGGAAGAAACACUGGUUUGUCCUGGCUGAUCAAAGUCUGAGAUACUACAGGGAUUCAGUGGCUGAGGAGGCAGCCGACUUGGAUGGGGAAAUUGACUUGUCUACAUGUUACAAUGUCACAGAGUAUCCAGUUCAGAGAAACUAUGGCUUCCAGAUACAUACAAAGGAGGGCGAGUUCACCCUAUCAGCCAUGACGUCCGGGAUCCGGCGGAACUGGAUCCAGACCAUCAUGAAGCACGUGCACCCAACCACCGCCCCGGAUGUGACCAGCUCAUUGCCAGAGGAAAAAAACAAGAGCAGUUCCUCUUUUGAGACAUGCCCAAGGCCGAGUGAAAAGCAAGAGGCAGAGCCGGGGGAGCCUGACCCUGAGCAGAAGAGGAGCCGUGCACGCGAGCGGAGACGAGAGGGCCGCUCCAAGACCUUUGACUGGGCUGAGUUCCGCCCCAUCCAGCAGGCCCUGGCUCAGGAGCGGGUGGUUGGCACGGGGCCUCCUGACACCCAUGAGCCCCUGUGCCCUGAGGCAGAGCCUGGGGAGCUGGAGCGGGAGCGUGCACGGAGGCGGGAGGAGCGCCGCAAGCGCUUCGGGAUGCUCGACACCACAGACAUGCCGGGCACUGAGGAUACAGCCCUGCGCAUGGAGGUGGACCGGACCCCGGGGCUACCUGUGAGUGACCUCAAAACACAUAACGUCCACGUGGAGAUAGAGCAGCGGUGGCAUCAGGUGGAGACCACACCUCUCCGGGAAGAGAAGCAGGUGCCCAUCGCCCCCGUGCACCUGUCUUCUGAAGAUGGGGGUGACCGGCUCUCCACACACGAGCUGACCUCUCUGCUGGAGAAGGAGCUGGAGCAGAGCCAGAAGGAGGCCUCAGACCUUCUGGAGCAGAACAGGCUCCUGCAGGACCAGCUGAGGGUGGCCCUGGGCCGGGAACAGAGCGCCCGUGAGGGCUACGUGCUGCAGACUGAAGUGGCCACCUCCCCAUCGGGUGCCUGGCAGAGGCUCCAUAGAGUCAACCAAGACCUUCAGAGUGAGCUUGAAGCCCAGUGCCAGCGCCAGGAGCUGAUUACACACCAGAUUCAGACCCUGAAGCGUAGCUAUGGGGAGGCCAAGGACACGAUCCGACACCAUGAGGCUGAGAUCCGCAGCCUUCAGGCACGGCUCAGUAAUGCAGCUGCGGAGCUGGCCAUCAAGGAGCAGGCGCUGGCCAAGCUCAAAGGCGACCUGAAGCGGGAGCAGGGCAGGGUCCGAGAGCAGCUGGAGGAGCGGCAACACAGCGAGGCAGCACUGAGCAGCCAGCUGAGGGCCAGUGAGCAAAAACUCAAGAGCGCCGAAGCCCUGCUGCUGGAGAAGACACAGGAGCUACGGGGCCUGGAGACACAGCAGGCGCUGCAGCAGGACCGGCAGAAAGAGGUCCAGAGGCUGCAGGAGCGUAUUGCCGACCUCAGCCAGCAGCUGGGUGCCAGUGAGCAGGCCCAGCGGCUGAUGGAAGAGAAGCUGCAGAGAAACUACGAGCUGCUGCUGGAGAGCUGCGAGAAGGAGAAACAGGCGUUGCUGCAGAACCUGAAGGAGGUGGAAGACAAGGCCAGCGCCUACGAGGACCAGCUGCAGGGCCAGGCACAGCAGGUGGAGACCCUGCAGAAGGAGAAGCUGAGCGCCACUUUCGAGGGCAGUGAGCAGGUGCACCAGCUGGAGGAGCAGCUGGAGGCACGAGAGGCCAGCGUGCGCCGGCUUGCAGAGCAUGUGCAGAGCCUCUGUGACGAACGGGACCUCCUCAGGCAGCGGUUCCAGGAGCUGACAGAGCGUGUGGCCACGUCUGAUGGGGAUGUGGCUGAGCUCCGGGAAAAGCUAAGGAGAAGAGAGGCCGACAACCAGAGCCUGGAGCACUCCUACCAAAGGGUUGCCAGCCAGCUGCAGAGCAUGCACACUCGGCUGAGAGAGAAGGAGGAAGAGCUGGAGCACAUUAAGGAAGCACACGAGAAGGUUCUGGUGAAGAAGGAGCAGGACCUCAAUGAGGCUUUGGUUAAAAUGGUUGCCUUGGGGAGCAGCUUAGAGGAAACAGAAAUUAAGCUCCAGGCAAAAGAAGAGAUUUUAAGGAAAUUUGCAAGUGAGUCUCCAAAAGUAAUGGAAGAGCCACGGAGCACCCCUGAAGAUACAGAAAGGGAUGGCACUUUGCUCCCAGGCCGUCCAGUCCCAGCCACCAGGGCCACUCUGGCCUUUCCACAGACAAGGCUCGAGGAUGAGGACGAGGACCUGGGGGGUCCUCCGGGGGAGGAAUAUGGGGAUGGCAGCCCCAAUAGGGAAGAGAGUGUAGUGCCCCCAAAGUCAGUGGAAGUGCUUGACAGGGAGGUGCAUCAGCAGGGUACAACCAAACUUGACCAGGGAGCACCUGGUGUUAAAAGGCAAAGAAUCCGGUUCUCCACAAUACAGUGCCAAAGAUACGUUCACACCGAAGGGUCCGAGAAAACCUGGACCAGCAGCACAUCUUCUGACACCAGCCAGGACCGGUCACCCUCAGAAGAAAGCAUGUCCUCAGAGCCUGCACCCAGUGCACUGCCCGCAGCUGGUGACUCUGACACGUACCUCUCCAUCAUCCACUCCCUGGAGACCAAGCUCUACGUCACAGAGGAAAAGCUCAAAGAUGUGACGGUGAGGCUGGAGAGCCAGCAGGGUCAGAGCCGUGAGGCACUGCUCGCACUGCACCACCAGUGGGCGGGCACUGAGGCCCAGCUGCGUGAGCAGCUUCGUGCCAGCCUGCUCCAGGUUGGUGCACUGGCCUCCCAGCUGGAGCAGGAGAGGCAGGAGAGGGCCAGGAGGGUUGAAGGGCAUGUUGGAGAGCUCGGGGACUUCCAGGUCAAGAACAGUCAGGCCCUAAUGUGCCUGGAAAAUUGCCGAGAACAGCUGAGAUCUCUGCCUAGGGCCAGCCAGGAGGAUGAGCAGGAUGCGGGCACAGCCUCCCUGUCCAGUGUGGAGAGUGCACUCGUCAGCGCCAUCCAAGCCCUGCGGCACUGGCCCGCCCCAGCUGAUGGCGGGUCCCAUGCACAGCUGGAGAUGGGUGGCACCGAAGAGAAUGGGAAGCCUGCCUCCCUGCAACAGCGCCCCCAGCCUGAGCUGACAGAGCAGGAGCAGGCUAGGCUUCUUUCUGACCAGAUUAUUCUGGAGGCCUCGCUGAUCAGCCAGAUAGCAGACUCCCUGAAGAACACGACAUCAGAUGUCUCCCGAAUGCUCCACGAGAUUUCUUGGUCAGGACAGCCACUGAUGGAGUCUGCUGGGGCCCCUGUAGACACCUGGGCCAGAAAGGUGCUGGUGGAUGGUGAGUUCUGGAGCCAGGUUGAGUCCCUAAGGAAGCAUCUGGGGACGCUGGGAGAAGAGGCAGUCGGUUCCUCAGGAGGCAGGCAGCAGAGCAUCCCACAGGGCCUGGCCCCCAUCCUGGCCAAUGCCACAUGGGUCAGGGCAGAGCUCAGCUUUGCCACACAGUCAGUGAGGGAGUCAUUCCACCGCAGGCUGCAGAGCAUCCAAGAGACCCUGAGGGACACCCAGGCAGCCCUGCGGCAGCACAAGUAUCUACUGAGGGAAAUUCUGGGAGCCUACCAAACCCCAGACUUUGAGAGAGUGAUGCAGCAGGUCUUGGAAGCCCUCAGGCUUCCAGCAGGCCAUGAAGAUGGUGUGCAGCUGUCCUGGGACCUGAGCCCCUUAGGAGAAGUCCUGGGCCAAGACUCAGAAGGCUCUCAGGAGCCCUUUCAUGCAUCUGACCAGAGCCCUAGGGCCUUUGUUGCUAUUCAAGAGGAGCUUGCCCAGCAGCUGAAGGAGAAGGCCAGCCUCUUAGAGGAGAUAGCUGCUGCCUUAACAUCUCUGCCACCUGUGGAAUCACUAAGAGAUUGCCAGAAGCUUCUCCAGGUAUCCCAGAGUCUCUCAUACAACACUUGCUUGGGAGGCCUCAGUCAGUAUUCUUCAUUGUUGGUUCAGGAUGCCAUUGUUCAGGCGCAGGUAUGCUAUACAGCCUGCAGAAUCCGGCUAGAAUAUGAGAAGGAGCUCCAGCUCUACAAGGACUCCUGGCAGACCAGAGAGCCCCCCUGCCCAGAGCAGGCACAAGCAGCCCAGGCCCUGAGGGAGGAGUAUGAGGAACUUCUCCGCAAGCAGAAGAGCGAGUACCUGGAUGUGAUCGCCAUCAUUGAAAGGGAGAAUGCAGAGCUCAAGGCCAAGGCUGCCCAGCUAGACCAUCAGCAGCGGUGUCUGGAGGACACGGAGAGCAAGCACAGCAUGAGCAUGUUCGCCCUGCGGGGUAGGUACAAGGAGGAGAUCCGGUGUGUGGUGGAGCAGCUGACCAGGACCGAGAACACACUGCAGGCUGAACGCAGCCGAGUCCUGAGCCAGCUGGACACCUCAGUCAGAGACAGGCAGGACGUGGAGAGGCACCAUGGCGAGCAGAUGCAGACCCUGGAGGACAGGUUCCAGCUCAAGGUCCGGGAGCUACAGACGAUCCAUGAGGAGGAGCUGAGAACCCUGCAGGAGCACUACUCACAGAGCCUGAGGUGUCUGCAGGACACCACCCUCUGCCUCCACCAGGGGCCACACCCCAAGGCCCUGCCGGCCCCUGCCCCCCACUGGCAGGCAACCCAAGGAGAGGCUGACUCCAUGACGGGGCUGAGGGAGCGCAUCCAGGAGCUGGAGGCCCAGAUGGAUGUCAUGCGGGAGGAGCUGGGAUACAAGGAUCUGGAGGGCGAUGCUGCCACCCUGCGCGAGAAGUACCAGAGGGACUUGGAAAGCCUUAAGGCCACAUGUGAGCGAGGAUUUGCAGCAAUGGAAGAAACACACCAGAAGAAAAUUGAAGAUCUACAGAGGCAGCACCAGCGGGAGCUGGAGAAACUUCGGGAGGAGAAGGACCGCCUCCUGGCCGAGGAGACAGCCGCCACCAUCUCAGCCAUCGAAGCCAUGAAGAAUGCCCACCGGGAGGAGAUGGAGCGGGAGCUGGAGAAGAGCCAGCGGUCCCAGAUCAGCAGCGUCAACUCAGAUGUUGAGGCCUUGCGGCGCCAGUAUCUGGAGGAGCUGCAGUCGGUGCAGCGGGAACUGGAGGUCCUUUCGGAGCAGUACUCUCAGAAGUGCCUGGAGAACGCCCACCUGGCCCAGGCGCUGGAGGCCGAGCGGCAGGCCCUGCGUCAGUGCCAGCGUGAGAACCAGGAGCUCAACGCCCACAACCAGGAGCUGAACAACCGCCUGGCUGCGGAGAUCACACGGUUACGGACGCUACUGACGGGGGACGGCGGUGGGGAGGCCACUGCGUCACCCCUUGCACAGGGCAAGGAUGCCUACGAGCUGGAGGUCUUAUUGCGGGUCAAGGAAUCAGAAAUACAGUACUUGAAACAGGAGAUUAGCUCCCUCAAGGAUGAGCUGCAGACGGCACUUCGGGACAAGAAGUACGCUAGUGACAAGUACAAAGACAUCUACACAGAGCUCAGCAUCGCGAAGGCUAAGGCUGACUGUGACAUCAGCAGGUUGAAGGAGCAGCUCAAGGCUGCAACAGAAGCACUGGGGGAAAAGUCCCCUGACAGUGCCACGGUGUCGGGAUACGAUAUAAUGAAAUCUAAAAGCAACCCUGACUUCUUGAAGAAAGACAGAUCCUGUGUCGCCCGGCAACUCAGAAACAUCAGGUCCAAGAGUCUGAAGGAAGGCCUGACGGUGCAAGAACGGUUGAAGCUCUUUGAAUCCGGGGACUUGAAGAAAGACUAGCUGUGUCCCAUCCAAGUUGAGCACGCGCCUUCCCCAGCUUGCAGCAGCACACCCUGAGCGCUGCUUUUCACCUGUACCUUUGUUUUAUUAUUAUUAUUGCUGUUGUCAUCGUUAACUGUGGGCAUGGAAUGCGUGAGGCUGGCUUCUGGGUUGUCCACACCACUCUGCUGUGUUGACUUCCUGUUGUUUUCAUCAAAGCUUUUUUCCAUGGUAUUGUAAAAUUAGGCCAGCAUUGGGGGCUGGGAGGGCAUCUCUGUUAGUCUCUUCCUGGCUGUGACCCGCCGCACUCACUGUCAGUAUUAAGGCCCAGCAGCCUGUUGAUAAGCUACCCUGUCUCACCACGCACUGGUGUGGAAACAGGGCCCAGCCAGCAUGCCUCAAGGUAGAUGGAAAAUGGUCAGAGAAAAAGCCGUGCGGACACUCCAGCUUGGCCUGGGUCACAGCACUGACUCCUCACCCACUAGUCUGGCUGUUAGAGGAGGAGGUGCGCUGCCUUCCGGCUGGGGAGGAGGAGAGCAUUUUGUAUUUGUUCCACUGAUGCAGCUUAGAACCACACCCCUGAUAAUCAUGGCAAACCUUUCACAACCUGGAAAAUGUUGAAAGCAACCAUUCCUAUUUUUGUUUGUUUUUUAUUAAAUCUUGCACAAAACCCCCGGCCCCUCUCCUUCCUUUCUUCCUUUUUUCGCUCGUUCUUUUCUUGGUCUCCCAGUAACCCUGGUCUUUCCAUAACUACUCAAGAUUGUUGACCUGCAGCCUGGGUUUCAGACUCUUAAUUGCAAAAAAUGAUGAAUUCCCUCCGGGAAUCAUUCAAAGUAGGGGAAGGUUUGGGGUUUGGGUUUUUUUUUUUACCUUUUGGAGAAGAAACUGUCAUUGCUUUGGAAAAGGUUGAAAGGAGACCCCUGUUAAGUCAAGAAGAAGGUACAGAGGAUGUCAGAACUGAUGAGAACAGCCCAUUAGUGUGUUUUAAGACUCUGAUCUUAACUUUCAUAAUCUGAGCUCUGGAAACCUAUCUUGCAGCAUUGAUCUUUAAAAGGGCCUAGUUAAACUAAACCUGUACUAACAGUUCUGCUUUUUCUAACAGUUUAAGGAAGGCCUUUUGAACUGCCACAAAACAUUCUAUAGCAAUUCUUGAAAAUCUCUUAAAUUGGAGUCUCUAUAUCGGCCCCAUGAAAACCAUUAUUCCCAUUAAGAUAAGGAGAUUCCACAUUAAGAUAAGGAGUUCCACAAACCCCUGGCUGGUGGAACAGGUUCUGCUACUUUAGGAGCUAGGUGGGGUGUGAGCAGAUGGUGUUCAUGCCAGGAGCAUGCUUUCACUUUGUAUUCAUGCUUGAGUGGGUGUGGUGGUCUCUGUGGGUGCAUGGAUGCUUUGGGGGGUAGAAAUGUAAAAAUCCUAUAGCCCAGUUUCUUGAUUAAGUCAUGAGCAAGGCCAUCUAUGGUGCUCUGGCCCCACCCCUAAUGUGCAGAAGGGCAGGAAGCAAGGCCUGGAGUUUUCAUAUGUUUUAAGACCUGGGUUUAGGUGCUGUCUUCUCACUGGAAUAACUAAGUGCUCUCCAUAGGCAUUGAUCCCUUUCCACAAGUUUUUAAGGGUCUUAACCCACACUUUUGCUCCACUGAUAUUAGUCUUCCAUGUUGUUAACAGCAAGAGAAAAUUGAAUUUGUUAUAGACUUAUCUGAGGUGGCACAGUUGUUCAGCUGUAGUCCCAGCUACUUAGGAGGCUUAGGUGGGAGGAUCGCUUGAGCCUGAGAGGUCGAAGCUGCAAUUAGCCAUGAUCAUGCCACUGCACUCCAGCCUGGGUGACAGAGUAAGGCCCCAUAUCAAAUACAGAUAUGCUUAUCAGACCCCACUGACCAUUUAGAUUGGCAGUGCUUUGAGAAAUGCACUUUUCUGUGUCGAUGGGAAUAUACAGAAGGAAUGUGCAGGACCCAGCUGUUCUCCACAGCCCCAUUGUUGUUUCCAGGACACUGCUGAGACACAAAUGCUCCAGAACAGACAGGGACCUGGUGUGGGUUCAGAUCUGACCAGACAGGAGUGUUUUUGCUUGGUGUCUGGAUGCUGUGACUUUGUGUCAUUCUCUGAGGUCUACCACCUGCCCUGCCUGGCAUGGUUUCCUAUGUAACCAUCCCUGCUGCCUCUGGGGACAGACCCACUGGCCCUUCUGCAGACAGCUCCCUGCCUUCUGCUCUCCAGAGGGUUCUGGGCAGAGUCUGUACUUAGGGACAGGAUCCGUCUGCCUUCAACCCUCACAGUUCUUUAAAUUAAAGCAAGUUUGCCCAUAGGUCAAAGAGCAUUUGAUUCACUUUUUCCAAUCACGUAUCCCUUGAGGCUGGACUUCAGGAAUCCUAAAAAAUUAAUAUGAGUGCAGCAUGUGAGGAGUCCGAGACACACCAGCUGGGCAUCUGUGUUCCUUUGCCACAGGCCUCUCCCGCAGGGGCUGGUUUAGUGUAGGGUAUUGCCAGGAAACAGACUGAGGCUGCUACGCCAGUAGAGAAUAGGUAGGGAGGUACUCUCUGGCCAUUCAAACAAAGGCCCCUUUGCUAAGGGCUCCUGAAAAUGCCCUCAUAUAGGGACAGCCACCAACUGGGUCAAGGAAGUCUGGGUUCCCUGCUGGUGGGCUACGUUCUUUGGAUGGAGUGAACCAGGCAAGAAAGGGGAUGAUGUCCUUCAUGUUCCACCUGGACAUGCCCCAGGAACAGAGACUUGCCCAGGUAGCAACACUGGCACAGGCGUCAACUGCUGCCACACUGGGCAGGGAGCCUUGUGCUGCACAGGGCUGGGUGCUCUCUCCAGUUUCCUUCCUGAAGGCAUCCAAAUACCCUGGAAAGGAUUUAGCCCCUGAAUUCCACGGACAAGAAAAAACAGUGAAGAAGUAGAAUUGGUUUCUGUAUGGGGAGAGGGAGGUCCUCUUAGGGGCAGCUGUGAGUGGGGUCUCAGGCUGCUCCUUGGCACCAGUCACAAGAUAGUGAGCUUUCCCAGCUUCAUUGAUGAGGAAGAUGUUCAAAUAGACUUCAGCAUUUUAAUUAUUUUCCUGUAAAUGUACUUAUGUGUAGUAUGCUAGCACAAGCUGUUAAGCCAUGCCACACAUAUUAACGGGAAAGCGAGGCAGGUUGACUCUCAUUGAGUUUUUUCAGUCAUGUGCGUGAUUACCUUGUGUGCACGGAUGCACAUGUAGAAUAGUCACUUUCUGCUUGUCAGUUUCUUUAUCACAUGUGGUGCCCCAGCCCCAAUCAGGUGUGGAGACCAGCAUUCCAGAGGACGCGCUGUCCACAGCCUCCCAGAUCCGAGCGGGUCAUUGGGCAGGGGUGGAGACAGACAGUGCACUGCCCUGUGAGCUGAAAGCCUCUGCUUCAGGGAGUCAUAAUGGGCCUGUGCUCAGUAGGUGAUGCAGUGGAUGUCCCAGGGGGACUAGAGGAGGCAGCAUCGCGAACAUGGGGGUUUAUUGAACAAAAGGUAAUGUCGGAGAGGAUCUUGCCUUCAGAUUCAGCAAGUAUGAAGGGAGAAGAGCAUGGAGAGCGAGGCCCCACAGGCUGCUAAGUGAUGUAGAAGGCCGGGCAAGAACCUGUUCCUGCAGCAGCCACCGGCCCCCAUCACUCCCUUAUCCUCCAGCUCACACAGGCCAUACAGGGAGAAGAGGGCAUCUCAGCUGUUAAAGAACCCGAAAGGAAUACUGAUAGGUAAGGCUAGAAACAAAACUGAUGGCUUGAAAAACAUUUUUAUGUAAUGUAUUUACUACCAUUCAUUUUACUACAGAGGUAGAUAGGGCUCUUCACUUUUGGGUACAUGGAAACGUGCUGAGAAUUGAACACAAUCCGGAUCAUCACUCCCGCCUGGCCAUCUCCUGGGAGGCUGCCAUGUGCCAUGGAGCUGGGACACAGAGCAGAGCCCGCCAUGUGUUGCAGGGCCCUGGAGGCCAAGGCCACCCUGCUAGGGGUCCCUGUUGGCAGCCAGGUCCCUACACAAACAAUCUUAUUUGGCCUACUAGGCUUUGAAUAUGACCUGCAGUCUAAUUUGGGAGGUGGGGGAAGCUCUGCUGUCCCCUGCUGCUUUGUAUGUUGGGUGACUUUAAUGGCUGGCCACUUACCCUUUUCUCCCAGCUACUCAUUCACUGACUUGAUGUAACAACACAUCAGUAUUUAUUUUUUCCUGAAAAGAAUUUGUUCAACAUGGUCCUAAAGAAGCUUGGAAUUUAUAGACUUUCCUUUAUAAGAUACAGUUUUUUAAAAAAAGUGACCUCUUUAUCACUAAGGGAGAAAGAUAUUAAGUAUUUUCAAAGUUUUAUGAAGAAUGGAAAUGAUAUUAUACUUCAAAGAAAUUUAAUGUUGAAAUUUCAAAGAUAAAUUGGUGUGUUGAUAAGAAACUUCACUUUCCUGGGAACUUUAUUCAUUUUAGGGAAUUAGAUAAAAUUCCUGGCUACAGGAGCCAUUGGUCUGAUGUACAAGGAAUUUGCUUUAUGACCAGAUUGUAACUUGCCCUAAGGUCCAUGUUGGAGCACUAAGAGGUGUCACAGGUAGAGAUGAUGUUUCGAUUCUCUUUUCUGCAAGCUGGGAUCAGCCCGGUGUUUUCUCCUUUUAGCUGAGAUGGUCGAAGUUUCUCAGCGUGUUGGCAAAACAGCCCUCCCGGCUUUCUAAAAGGACUUAGGACAAAAGCUGCUGGGAAAUUGCUUAUUCAAAAGCUCCUUAGAAUUUAGGCAUCUGCACACUGUUUUCCCACCUUUCACCUUCCUGGGCUUUUCUGCCCUCCAGCAUUCUUCUGAAGAGGGAUUCCUAGCCCGCUCACGUCUCCAGUGGGUAAAUACUCAGCAACUGCACAUGGGUUUUCCAUGCACUUCAGGCUUGGAGGUUGGCCAUGUACAAGCACACUCCUUCUCGCCUCUGGCUUUUCCUCACCACCCUCUUUAAAGGUGUAAACUCCUCAGAUACUAGAUUUAUGAUCACAUGAAAGAUCAUCUUCACAUUGAAAGGUGAAGGCCACCAUGGUUCUCAGUGCCAAGCAACAGAACGUUCCAAGACGGGUGUUCUUCCUUGCACAGCAGCUAUGGCAGGUUGUUCUGCAGCCUCCCCUUAGAGGUGGCUGUUCAUUGUACCUUUGUACAGUUGUGUUUACACACUUGUGCUGACAGCUUUCAGCAAGGGCAUGUGUCCACAGCUGAGGGCAGUAAGAACCAGCCUAAGCUGAAGGCUAGUAACAUGGUGCUGUAGGCCCUUUAAAAGGAAAGCCUGACAUAAACCCAGUAUGGAAAGGAACAUUAUCAGUUCUCUCUAAUUUUGUCUGCCAGGGACAAAACCCUGCUUAUCCUCUUUCCCUUUUCAGAACUGUGCCCUUCAAGUAUUCUUGCUUCUCUGUAAAGGGAAGACAUCUCCCUUCUCUGAAAUCCUUCAACAAAAGAAAAGACUUGGCAAGGUAGGGGAGUCAGUAGCUCAACACUAGAACAUCCCUAUAGAAGGGACAAGUUUCUGUCUGAACACACCUUGGGUCGGAGUCCUUAGGUAUUCAGGUGCAGUACUUUGUGAAUACUUAAGCUACUGCAUGCUUGGUGUAGCUUGCAAUUUCUCUGUAUUUAAAAGCAGUCGUGUUUAUUUUCUUCAAAAUAACCUGUAUAUUAUUCAGAGCAAGCAAUGUAUAUAUUACUGAGAAGUUACUGCAGGGAUUUUUGUGACAAAGUUUGUAUGGGUUUUUUUAAAAAAUCUUAGACACCCCUUUUUAAGAUUGGGAGAACAGGAUUAAGUGCACCGUUGAACCCCGCCCAGCAUUAUAAGGAAAUGUUUUUAAUGACUGCUAAGUCUUUGUAAAAGGUUUGGUCAUUUAAUAGAUGUCUUUAAAGAAUAUAUACAUUAUCUAAAAAACGAAAGCCCUGUAUCCAUACAUUGUUUUCAUUGAAAGAAUUCUGUAUUGCCUGUUCUUGGUAGAGCCAGAGUCCUCAAGGAAAAUGAAGAAAAUGAUAGCUCUGUCUUGACCAGACUUCUGCACAGUAAUGUAAGGCUAUCAUAGGGAGACUUGGUUUAAGGCACGGUUAUGGGAUUGGGAUCGAAAUGUGUGGUUUCUGAGAACCUUCAUGACCACUCACUGGGCAGGGCUCUGUGCACAGCACCAGAGCUGUUUGAAUUCCCCAGCCCUUUGGUUAUAUCCUAGAAUUCCAUGGAGGCUUCGGAAGUUAAAUGCAGCUUUUUUUUUUUUUUUACAACAUGUGUUUUUGUCAAAUUGAUAAGGAAACACUGAGUUACAGAAUACUUAAGAAUUGGAGACUUUAGUACUGUAGGAUGGCCUGGGAGGACAAGUCCCAAGUGGUGGACACCGCAUGCUCCUCAGGCACAGCCUCAGUGGGAGCCUUCCCCAGGCACAGCUCAGCCACCCGAGGAAAGGGAGUUGUGGAGGUGCAGACACAGACAAACACACAUACACACACACACACAGCACCUGCAGCCUCAGAGUCAUGCCUGUCACUCCCCACCCCCACACCCCCGUUGAGAAGUUAGUGGUGUCACAUACUUAGUUUUAUUUUAUAGAUGUCUAGGAAUAGAUUGUGAAGAACACUCAGUUCACUACUGUGUUAUUAUAUCACAAGCUUCAAUUAAAAUGGAUUUUAAAGGAUUUUAGGAUUUACCUUUAGUAUUAACCACUUAUUUACUGACUUACUGUUAGCAUUCAAAACCAGUUAAGUGUAAGAAUUAUUUCAUGUGGUUUUCCUAGGGUAAUAUUUAUAAAAGGUAGAAAGUGUCCAAGUGGCUCCUCAACAAUUAGUUUUUUCUCACAAAUAUGCCCUUCUGUCAGGGUGAAUGUCUCAAUGUGUUAUCAAAGACAAAAUAUACUGUGCCAAGCUGGGGUGCUGUGUGUGACUGAGUAGCAAUGCUUCUUCAGUCACCUCUUCCACAGUUUGUGAUUCCAGUGGUUCUGAGAAUGUUCUGUCACAUGAUAAAAGCAGCUUGUAUAAUUCUACCUGGCAUUUCAUUUCUGUUCUAAUGCUAAAUGGUAACGCUUAACAGACUAAAAGCCAUGUGCAGAAGAAAGGGCUGAAUGAGUCCGGCCUCCCCAGGUUCCAGCACAGCGCUUGGGUAUGAGAGGUAGAGCCCCGGGGUGGGGUGGCCACCCUCCGCCAGGCCAGUGUCUGGAGAAAACAGCUGAGCUGCUGCUCUAUUUUGGGGGUGGGGGGCAUGGAGGGGAGGGGAAAUUUUGAGGCUUUUUUUUUAACAAUGUUUGUGAUCAACUAUUCACUACAAUUGGAGUGUUACUUUGUCAGAAUAUUUAUUCCUUUCUGUGACAUGCUAGAUUCCCUGGAUGUAGCUGAUUGUUUUUAUUUUGUAAAUAUUACCUAACUUUACAUAAACUAUAUCAUAAUAAACUAUUUUUGCAUCACC